AUGUGGGCCAAUUCUGUUCUUAAAUGGGCCGAACAAACGUUGGAGAAUGUGGAUGGUGCCUCUCGGAAGAUUGCUGAGAAGGUACAACAACAACAACAACAAAUUGGAAUGCCAUCCAAAGCAUCAAAAAAGGAGGAUCGAAAGAACGUGUUAACUUCUCCCGGUAGUGAUGAUGAUGGUGGAGUUUCUCAACUCGUUACGACAACAACAACGGGAGAAGAGAUGAAACGAUCAGCAUCCCGAAUGGUUCUUGAUGAAGAAAUUAAAAAAGAAACUGAAAAAGUGAUGCAAGAGUUUUAUGAAAAGAGUGAGGAAGAACGGUUGAAGGAGGCUAUCGAGCAUGCUCAACUCAACAAACAACACCACCGAUUGGAAAGUGUAAAUUCCUCCGAUUCGGACGAUAUUAAUAAUAACAACAUGGGAGAAAUCUCUCAAGUUGUUCCACAAGAUACAGAGUCUUUGUCAAGAGACAAGUUGCUCGAACAAACAAUUCUUAAAUUAUACGAAGAAAUUAAACAGACAACGAAAUCAAAUCAACUCUUGUCACAGAAAUACGAAAAAUUGAAUUCAGUGUCCAAACACUCACAAAGAUUUAAUGAAGAAUCACAAAGUAGGCUUGAGGAACAAGUAGCAAGACUACUCGAAGAGAAAGUCAAGACCGACACAGAAUUAACAAACGCUCUUAAUGAACGAGAGAGACAGGCCCAAAAAUAUCAAUCGAGAAUAGAAUCUCUGAUAGAGCAGUUGAAAUCAAAAGACACCCUAAUUUCUGAAAUGCAGGUCGAAAAAGAUGCAAUUGCAAACGAGCAGUUAAGAUAUGAAAAGUCCACUGCUGAAGAAAUAUCAAAACUGAAACAACAAAUUGAAGACCUUCAAGAUCAAACAAAAGAGCUUAAAAAAGAGGAAAAGAAAAACAUAAAACGGAUAGAAGAUCUGGAGGCACACCACCAAGAAAAUGUAAAGAAACUAAAAGAAGAAUAUAAUGAAUUGGAAAAUAGCCUCAAUGAUAAGCUGGAUGAAAUCUCAAGAUUGGAAAGUACUAUAAAACUAAAGGAGCACGAAUGGCAAGCAAAAAAUCAAGAGUUUUUGGAAUAUAAAAAUAGAGCCACUAAAUUGCUGGCACUAAGAGAUAAGCAAAUUGAGGAGCUUAAAAAAUCAGGUAUUGAAUCCCAAUCAUCUGGCUCAAAGGAACCAUCAGUAACGGCAGAUGACGACUCGGAGUUAAUGCACGCCUUAGAUAAAGAAGAUAUGAUGAUUGAUUUGGAAAAUGUCAAGGCUGAAAAUCAAGAAUUGCUGUCACAGAUUGAACUCAUGAAAAAACAACAUGAAGCUGAGAUUAAUUCACUUCGAUUCAAAUUGAAGACUCUUGAAAAAAAUUUAGAAAAAGAAAAACAGACCAAUGGCGUCCUACAGGAAACAAUAACUUCUCUUAAAAUGAACUUUGAAGAAACAAAGCAUCAAUAUGAAAAUGAAAAGAAAAUUAUUAAGGAUCAAUUGAAAGAGAAGAAGGAGGAAAUUAAUCAAUUACAAAAACAAUUGAAUCAGGCCAAAUAUAACAAUUCAAGCAAUCAGAACGAGCUCGAACUACGUAAUAGAGGAAUGGCUGAAAGAUUAAUUGAAAAACAAACACAACUCGAAACGUUGAAUAGCGAGAAAGCAGCCAUUCAGCUCGCCUUAGAAAAGAGUCAACUUAAGAUCAAGGAAUUGCAACUCCUUGCUCAAGUCACACCCAUGUCACGGCACAGCCACUACGAUGAAGAAUCACCCUACGGCAAUGAUGUUAUUCAUUCAUCGGUCUCUAUGAAGACUGAUCGAUUUUUCCAAGAUUUGUCCAAGCGAGGAUUUGUGGCAAGCAGAGUUGCCAAUGCUAUGGCCAUCAUUGAUAGCUUUUCAAUUUCCACAGGAAGCAUUUUGAGAAAACUUCCACUCUUGAGGGUGUUUGUGGUUGUCUAUGUGAUUUUACUUCACUUGUGGGUGGUGUACAUUUUAUCACAUUUGACUCACUAA